AUGUUGAUCACUGAGAGCGGCUCGGUGGCCCGACACGACACCAGGGCAGCGUCGCCGUCGCCGGCGCGAGUGAUUGCGGCGCGACGCAAAGUACACGGUGUCAUGCGCCGCAAAGUGCGCAGUUUCAUGCGACGCAACGUGAGAUGUAACGCGACGCAACAUGGCUUUGCGUCGCGCCGCAGCUUACCUCACCCACAGUACAAAUUAGGUGCCACACAAGGACAACCGCUCUACCUCACGCUAGGUUUUAUAUAUUAG